AACUACCACACAUAUUUCCACAUUUCCUCACAUUUUCCCUUACUUUCCCGGGAGAAAGGUUAAAAAAAAGAACAGUGCUGUCGAGAAUCGGUCCAACACUCCAACUCAUUCCCUCCCUCCCUUCCAAACUUCCAUUUUUAUUGAGAACCACAGAUUCUUAGAUUUUAAACAAACCCCAACACCUAGUUUCUUUUAAAUGUCCUCUUUUUCUAUGUCUUAUUUCCUGUUUGUUUCCAAAGCAAGAAAAAUGUUAAAUGUUUUAUACUGCAAUAGAAAACUCAAAGUUCUCUCAAAAAGGAUAAUAAUAAGCUUCAAAACUAGAAGUCUCGUCGUGUAUAAUAGUCUUGGUUUAGUCACUAUUCCAUGAUUCUGAUAUUUGGUUUGUCUUGAAGUAAGUAGUUCCGAGGCUUUUGUUUGUUGUCUUUGAUGUUGCUGAGGCUUGUUUAGGGCAUUUUUUUUUUCUGGGGUGAGCUUGUUUUGUUGUGUUUUGGUUUCUGGGUUUUAGUUUUUGAGGCUUAAUAAUGGCUGAAGGGUCAACAGAAGUUCGGUUAGUUCGUUGUCCAAAGUGUGAAGAUCUCUUACCAGAGCUUACUGACUACUCUGUGUACCAGUGUGGUGGUUGUGAUGCUGUUCUUCGAGCAAAGAAGAAAGUGGCUGUUAAUGGUGGGAUAUUGGAGAAGUCUGGAGUGGAGAGGGAUGAAGAGGGUUUUGGGAUAUUGGAGAGAUUAUCUGAGAAAGAAAGUGGUAAGGUAGGUAAUGCAUCUGAGACAGGGAGGGAGAGUGAUGGGAUUAUAAACAAAAGUAGAAAAUCAAGAAUCUUUAAAGAAAGAACUGUGAAUUUUGUUAAUAUGCCUCUGUCGGAAGCAGAGAAUAAAGAGGCUUUGGCUGCUAAUAGCAACACAAAUGUGAAGGAACGGGAAAUGAGUUAUCAAAGUUAUGCAGAUAAAGAAAAACCUUUGAAGCCCCUGAUUGAUGAUAGGAUUCACGGAGAUAGUAAUAACAUGAACAUGAAUAGACGUGAGUCAGUUGAUUCAAGUAGAGAGAAAGGUAUUCGAGAAAUUCCAGCACAAUUUAAGAGUUCUGCCGAGUUUUUGAGGCCAGCAAGGGUGAUGGAUCAAUGGGUUUCAGAUACAGAGGGUUUAUGGGGAAGGAAUAGAACGUCUGUCAAACGAAGUAAAUUUCCAAAUUUUGCUUAUCCUGACGAGGGACCUUCAAACUGUCGUUUGAGUUCCUCUCCUUAUGAAUCCAGCCAGCCAGUGAGGAAUUAUUACAUUCCUGACAAAAUUGCAUAUUUAGAACAGGAUCCAGCUGAGCUUCUUAGGAAGUUGGAUGGGUUGCAAGAGCAACUCAGGCAAUCUUGUUCCGUGGGUGUGAAACAGAGGGAAAGGAUUCCUAUGGGCAGCAAAAUAGCUCCUCCUGAUCAUUACCACGGUCGUGAUGCUUACAAUAGUUUGAUGCAUCCCUUGCCUACUGAUAACCAUGUUGCGAGUCUUCCUUAUUUCAAGCACUAUGGCCGUGGCCCUGCUCCCUAUGUGAGCAGUGAUGACAUGGAUAUGCAGAACUCAUACAUUCCAUCAAAGCAUUCUGCAAAUGAAAUGCCAGAUUAUGCAGAUCUAUACCAGCAACAAACUCCCAGGAUGCGUAUCCAUCAACCACCCCAACAAUACUUGCAUCAACCACUUCGUGACAACUUUGCAGGGCAAUAUGGUGAUUACAGUCAUGAACCUCUAGUAUCGUAUCCCCAUGAAAGCUUGCAUCACAGACCUGCGUGCUCCUGUUUUCAUUGCUACAACAAGAACUGGCGUAUUCCUUCACAAGCCUCACUCAUUACUCCUGGCAAUAUAAAAUUCCCAAUGACCUCAACUGAAACCAAUUUCAAUCACCAUGUUAAUCCAGUAACAUAUGGUCCGCCUUUCCACCAUCCUCAAGCAAACCCCCAUGCAUUGAGUUCACGGGAUCCACAGCCACAUCUAAGAUGGCCAAUUGAUGUUGAAUCAGAUAUGGAUGGCUUUCCCCAGAGUCGUCCUAGAACGGUGGUGGUAGCCCGUGGAAAUGAACAGCUUUGCUGUCCUGUAGCUGGCGGGGCCCCAUUAAUAAGUUGUUAUAAGUGCUUUGAGUUACUAAAACUGCCUAGAAAACUUAAAGCAAGGGAGAAGAACCUACGAAAGCUGCGAUGUGGUGCAUGCUCAGCACUUAUCUUGCUUGAAAUAGAAAACAAGAGGCUGAUUAUUUCUGUUCCUGCAGAAAGCAAGCAAAUACUGGUCGGGGCUGACAGUGCCUCACAUGAGGUGUCUAAAGAAGUAUUCUUAAAUUCUGAUGGCUGUUUGAAUGCUGUUGGUACAAAUUGUUCUGAUGAUUUUGAUAAUCCUGGGUAUGACUUCCAGUCGGUAGAUUUCAAAGAUGUACUAUCAGAAGAACAGAAGCUAAACCCAAGCAAAUGUGAGAAAGGGCAUGGCCUUACUUUGUCAUCUUCUAUUAUUUCUGAGGAAGAGGAGAACCUGGAUAGCAUGGUUGUUCAGAGAGAUUUUUCUUAUGCUGCUGAGUUGCCCAUAAAAGAUAAAGUGCCUUCAACAUUUCAAAGCUCACCUACCCAAGAUCAUUCUGGUGAUGUCUUAUCUAGUCAUGCAGUAAACAAAUGUGAUAAAGGAAACAGGGUUGGAUGGACGGAGCAGGAGAAUGUAAUACUUGAGAAGAGUAUUUCUCGGCAGAGCUCUGUGAAAGAUGUCUCAAUGGCAACUGAAGUGGAAGUUCCUUUCAAUGAGUAUCUACAUACCAGUGUAUCUCAAGACUCUGUGAAGGUAAGCAAAGAUCAAUUGAGGAGCAACAAGGGGACUGAACCAUUCUUGGUGGGCUUUAUUAAAAAGAGCUUCAGGGAUUUCUCAAGAUCUAAUCAACACAUGCAUAAUGAAAAACCCAACGUUUUAAUUAAUGGGAAACCUAUUCCAGAUAGCCUGGUCAAAAGGGCUGAAAAGCUUGCCGGGCCAAUUCAGCCUGGAGAUUACUGCAGGUAUGACGUUCGAGCUGGAUUUUGGGGCGUGACUGGACAGCCUUGCCUUGGCAUUAUUCCUCCUUCCAUUGAAGAAUUUAAUCAUCCCAUGCCAGAAAAUUGUGCUGCUGGUAACACAAGUGUCUUUGUUAAUGGGAGAGAGCUGCAUCAGAAAGAUCUUGACCGACUUUCCAGUAGAGGACUGCCAAUCACGAGAGAGAAGUUCUACGUCGUCGAAAUUUCCGGGAGAGUUUUUGACAAGGAUACUCGAAAAGAGCUAGAUAGCCUUGGCAGACUUGCCCCAACAGUUGAGAAGGCUAAACGUGGCUUUGGCAUGAAGGUUCCAAGGAAGCUUUGUAAUCAAGGACCUUGAUCAGUUGGGGAUUAUGAGGUCAUCAACCCUACAUUAUUUGCAGGUGUGUUGUUUUGUUGAUAUCCUGAGUUGUCUUUGCCCUUGCAAUGUCAAAUUCAUCCCAAUGUCUACACGCAACAUGGUAUUCAUGAAGUCUUCUUGUACAUCCUAGUAUGUAAAGUUGGAUGCCUUUCUGUUUAUUGUCAAUGGUCAGGAAUGCAAGUUAUUCAGAAAAAAAGGCUACAGGGUUUAAUUUAAUGAUCAUCAAAAUAGUUCCAUUCAGAAGUUAAUGUAUGAUUAGCAGGCAGAUUAGGGCGUAGGCACAUAGGCAGACUUUAUGUCCCUGUAGGAAGGUGGCCCAUCAUUUGUCAACUGAAAAGUGAAAACAAUGCUGCUACGAUAGGAUUAAUAAAAUACUUGCUACUGUAAUGCUUUUAGUAA